ACUCCACAGCACGGCACGCUUUUUUGGCUCGUAGUGGGCGGAUUGUAUGAGGCGAGCGAUAUUUAGGUCGUACGAUUGAUGCGCGUAGCUUCGUAGCGUGCGGUCACGUAGGCGUCGACUCUCGUCCUCCAGGCCUCGUGCCUUAGACCUCCCCACGACUUGACCUAGCGCGAUUUUGGAGUCGACUCUAAAGUCACCUUCGCACGACAUAAUUCAGGCCUUCGCGAACUGCGACAGGUAAGUCUCGAUAGCCAGUGAUACUAGUCCCCCUCUCGUUCGUUACUAGCCGUUGUCUCCCGUGAUACGCGCGGUUCUUCCAAUCAGCAUAGUGCACGAACAGAUCGACGAAAGCAAGGGCUUUAGGUCCUGGCACACUAAUCCGCCCUCGGGUAGGCUCCGCCCUGAUUUGGACGACUACCAGCCUCGACUUCGGUCGUCGUGCGCUUCGUCAUACCUCUCAUCCCUCUCAUCCCUCUCAUCCCUCUCAUCCCUCUCAUCCCUCUCAUCCCUCUCAUCCCUCUCAUCCCUCUCAUACCUCUCAGCAUAGCAGAAUCAGUUGUCCACCAUUUUCCCUCCGGCCUCAGGUGAUCCUAGAACGUUAUUUCCACCCCAUCAUUUCUCGAUUUAACUCGUUCUCAGCAUAGCAACAUCAGUUUUCUGAGGCGCCUGCUAGCUCGUUCCCGUCUGCAGGAGCUCCAUUUUCUCGAGGGUUACAAAAAAGCAAAGCAAUCCUGAAAGGGAGUUUUCCGAACCUCUUACUGUAGUACGAAGUACAGGCAAGCAGGAGGGUUAUAAGGACCGGGUAUAUAGGCAAGCAGGCUAUUGAGUAUCUAACGUCUAAGGCAUUGACGAGAGCCGUCGAGAAAAAGAGUGGUUGCGUUGGAGAACAGUGGAGACAACCUCGGAAUGAGGCAACGGAGACGAGCCAUGGGGUUUCAAAGAGCGCGUCUGAUCUGGCUGCUUUUGGUCGCGGCGUCGCAGUGGUGCUCGGGAGCGCAAGCCAAGACCGUCAUGGGAGACGUAUCCGCGCUGCAAGUAUUCAAGCUGUCCGUAAACAACGCGUCGGCCCUGGCGGACUGGGAGGGCUUCGAGCCGUGCAAGAAGGAGUGGUUCGGCGUCAACUGCGGGCAGUCGUCGCGGUCCUCUCACCGAUGGACCGUCGUCGCCAUUGAGCUGCCGAACUGCAAUCUGGGCGGGGAGAUUCCCGAGGCCAUCGGCGACCUGGUGGAGCUCACGAAACUCGAUCUGCGGAACAAUGGCUUCACCGGCGUGCUUCCCGCGUCGCUCAGCCGCCUGACCGCGUUAGAGUCACUCGACGUGUCAGGAAACCCGUUCGAGGUCGCACCUUCCACGAACCUUACCGCUGGCGCGUCUCCCCCGCUGACGUCCGACCCCAUCUCGAUAAUACCGCAGCCGGAAGCGCCGGCGCCGGGAAAUCCGGAGCCGAUUAAGAAAGGAGGGAAAAAGCGCCGAGGAAAGAAAGGCCGCGGGAAGAAGGGUCGAGGGAAGCAGACGGGGAAGGCGAAAGAUUCCCCAGCCGAGCCGCCUGCUGCCGAGCCUCCUAUCGCUAAGCCAUCGCCGGCUGCCAAGCCGCCUGCCGUCAAGCCGUUACCGGCUGCCAAACUGCCUGCCGUCAAGCCGUUGCCGGCUGCUGAACCGCCGGCUGUCAAGCCGCCGGUUGGAAAAUUUCCGGCCAAAAACAAUUCGGAUAAAGUGCGACUUCCCGCCGUUCCUGUAGAGCCGCCUACAGACGAAUCCACCGGUGGCCCUGUCCCCGUUAUAAGCCGCUCCCCAUCGCCACCCCCGUUAUCCGUGUCAGCACCUUCGGGUAACGCUGUCACCCCUCCGCCGGCCCCUGUAGCCGACGGAACCGGAGCGAAAACGCCGGCGACGGAAGCUACGCCGGAGAAUCCGGGCCUUGAUAGUGGUAGCAGCAGCAACGACGGUGGUACUCGUAAUAGCAGCAGUACCGACAGCAAUGGCAGCAGCAGCACUGGCAGCAGUACCGGCAGCAGCACGGCGUCGCUGGACGGUUCCUCUUCCGCUUCCUCCCCUCCCCCUGACUCCUCCCCCUCCGCCGACUCCUCCUCCUCUUCCUCGUCCACCAAUAGCAUCGCGUUGUACGUGGGGAUCGCGGCGGGAGUGGUGGUGGCGUUCCUAUUCGUCGUCGCGCUCGUGCUGCUCUACAUCUACCUGCGGCGCCGCCGCGCGGAGAUUAAAGACUUCGCGCCGAUCGCGGACGCGCAGGGGGAGGGGGGGUACUACGGAAAAGGCGGCGCGGGAGCUGCGGGGAAGAAGGGAGGUGCCGGUGGUGCGGGGGAGCGUUUGGGGGGGGAUGGCGAUCUGCUAGGGUGGCUGAUCUGGGUAAGCACGGCAACGGCCUCCCAGCAGCAACUCGCAAUUCCCGUCGCCGCAGUCGCCGCCGCCCCUUCCGCCGCGUUUCCCGCUAACGACCGUGAAGCAACGCUUCCCCCUCACGAUCCCUCCGCGGCUAUUCCGCACAGCGGCGCGUCGAAUCACAGCGGAUGGGGCGCCGCGAAUGGCGCCGCAAUCAGCGCCGCGAACAGUACGAUCCAGAGCCCGUAUCCCCCGGGGGGGGCUCUGGGCGCCUCGGUUUCAUUGGAGCACGGAGGCGCGGCGGCUGCAGCAGAAGGUGGUUCGGCGUCGCCGUACGCACCAGCCUCUGGCAGCAACACGUUCGUGUCGGUUGCCGACCCUGGCAGCAACAUGUCGAGCCAGUUCCCGAGCCGCACUCCGAGCCUGACGCCGAGCCAAGCGCCGAGCCACGUGGCCGGCCCGGGGCUCGCAGCGGCUAUAGCCGCGGGAGCGGGAAUGGGCGGAAUCAGCGGAGGGGAACUGGGGAGUGGGGGAGGGGGGUAUGCGACUCCUAGCAGCAGCGCGCAGACACCUAGUAGCACCGUGGGGUCUUUAAAGUCGGGGCGCAAUAUGGCAGAAUAUAGGAUGAUGCUGCCUAGUCGCAGUCUGAGUAACACGGUCAUGGAGCUGACGUACGAAGAUGUAUUGGGUGCGACGGACAACCUCUCAGACGCAAACGUGAUUGGGUCGGGCGGGUUUGGACGGGUGUACUGCGGCCGACUGGCGGGGGCGGGAGUGGCGGUGAAAGUGCUGGAGGCGGGGAGCAGCCAGGGCGACCGGGAAUUCCAAGCAGAGGUCGAGCUGCUGAGUCGUCUGAGGUCGCCCCACCUGGUGCACCUACUGGGGUACUGCAUCGCAGAGGGCAACAGAGUGCUGGUGUACAAUCUCAUGGCGAAUGGCAGCUUGAGCGAUCUGUUGCAUGACAACAGCAGUGAUGGCACCUUCUCCUCUCGGUUCGGCAGGGAGCCCCCCCAGCUGGAGUGGCAGCAGCGCAUGCAAAUAGCUCUGGACGCCGCCAGGGGGCUCAUGUUCCUGCACCACGCGGCCAACCCGCCGGUGAUUCAUAGGGACUUCAAGAGCAGCAACGUGCUCGUGGACCAAGAUUUCCAUGCGCGCAUUGCUGACUUCGGGUUGGCCCGGGAUGGCCCCAGUGGGGAGAAGCGGUGGGUGUCGACUCGAGUGCUCGGCACAACCGGCUAUCUGUCGCCAGAGUAUGUGACAACCGGGCGGCUAACAGCUAAGUCGGACGUGUACUCGUUUGGCAUCGUGCUUCUGGAACUGCUGACAGGGCUAGUGCCUAUUGACCAUGACAGACCGCCCAACCGGGUGUCGCUCACAUCAUGGGCCCUACCCCUGCUGACGCAACGCGAGAGGCUGGGGGAGCUGCUGGACCCGCGGCUGGAUGGGGCCGUGCCGCUGCACGAGUUCAUGCAGGCUGCCUCAGUAGCAGCCGUGUGUCUGCAAGCAGAUCCCGACUACCGCCCGCACAUGGACGACGUGGUGCAGUCCCUCAUGCCACUCUGCAAGGCCGCUUGCUCGCCCUACGCCUCCCCCGCCCAGUCCAACCACUCGUCUCUGCGAUGACAGCCCUCUCCUGUAAUGGCAGCCCACUCUUACCUACGGCACUGAUCAUCUCUCCUCCCUCCCAGCACUUAGGAGGCUGCCUGCUCGCCCUACGCCUCCCCAGCCCAGUCCAACCACUCGUCCCUGCGAUGACAGCCCUCCCACAGCCGUGCCUGCAGCGAGGAGCCCCUGCCACCAUUCACUCCUAUACCGCGGCCUCUACACUAAAUAGCCCUCCCCCGCCCAGUCCAACCAUCCGUCCUUGCGAUGACAGCCCUCUCCCACCAGUCUUUUCAUCACACCCUCCGUCUGCAACGAUGAGCCCCUGGGUCAUCACCCCCGUCUGAAACGCCUGUACACUCCUAUCCCCUUUACUGAUCUAGCGCGGAGGUGACUCGAUACUAGUACAGUAGCCCUGGUGUAGAUCUGAGCGCUAGCCAAGCAAGUUGUUCAGCUAGGUUAUAUAUCGAUCGGUAGUGGCGAAGCAAAGUUUUUUUUUGUCCAGGGUGUAGCUAAGGCUAUAAAUAAAUGGUAAGCCGUCUGCUGAAAGUGGCAUGCAUGUUUACAUGAAGCAAUACUAAUACGGUAAGAUGGUUAAAGUUAUGCUGAAAGUGGUAUAGGAUGCAAAGGCAACAUCAAUUAUGGA